AUGACCUCGGAAAUUUCAUUUAGUACAUGGAAUAUUAAUGGUUUACUCAACAAAGUCCUUGGGGAUAAAACCAAAAACAAGGACUUUCUUGAAGCUUUUUCAAAAAUUGACUUCAUGUUCCUAACCGAAACAUGGACCAAUGCAAAUAUAAACAUUCCUGGGUUUGAGGCUGUUAUCUCUGAAGUGGCUAAACCUCUAACAGACAAAGCAUGCCGACAAUCUGGUGGCAUUGCUCUAUUAUUUAAAACUAAAUUUAAAAAACAUGUUACUGUGAUUAAGAACACAAAAAAUUUCUUAUGGUGCAAAAUAUCCAAAGAUAUUCUUAACUCUGACUCAAAUCUGUAUGUUUGUGGAACUUAUAUACCACCUGAAAAAUCAAAAUAUUUUGAACCUGAGAUAUUUGAUGAACUUGAGAACGACCUAAUUUCUUUUUCAUCAAAAGGCAAUACUAUACUCCUUGGAGAUUUUAAUGCUAGGACAAGUAAACUAGAAGACUACAUUUCGAAUGAAGGAAAUGAACAUGUUUAUAAUAUCAAUGAACAUUCCUUACAGCCUUUAGAAAGACAAAACUUUGAUGGAAUCAUAAACAACCAUGGAAAACAACUUAUAAAUAUUUGCAAAAACACUGACAUGAGAAUCUUAAAUGGUAGAACCAAGGGUGACUCUUUAGGAAGACCUACUUUCCAUAGGAAAAAUGGAACAAGUGUUAUUGACUAUAUAAUCUGCAACCAAAACUUAUCGCAAAAUAUCAACCAUUUUGUGGUAAAAGCCCCUACUUAUUUAUCUGACCAUAGUCAAAUUGUUACCUGGAUUAAUACACACAAAACGGUUGAAGCAACCAAAGAUAAUCCAAGUCAACCAUCACUAGAAAAACUACCACGUCAGUAUAUUUGGACAGCUGAUUCAAAAGAGACCUUCAUUAAACAGUUAAAAUCAAAUGAAAUCCAAAGAAAGCUCAAUGAUUUUCUAAACAAUGACUUUUCACACGAUAAAGAGGGUAUUAACAAAUGUGUUCAUGAGUUUGAAAAUAUACUACUUGAAACAUCAAAAAAAUCACUCAAAAUAAAAAAGAAAAAAUUUCGACACAAAAUUAACAAUGUAGCAAACAAAAAAUGGUUUGAUAAAGAUUGUAGAUUUAAGAGACAUGAAGUAAGAAAACUUGCUAACCAGAAACAUAAAGACCCAAGUAACAAUGAAAUAAGAACUUCAUAUCACAAAGCCCUAAAACACUAUAAAGAAACUUUAGAGUCAAAAAAGACGAUUUUCCACAUGGAAAAAAUUGAAGAAUUAGAAAAAGCAUCUGAAAAAGACCCUAUUUCAUUCUGGAAAUCACUCAAAACAAGUACUGAUAAUCUAGAUUUCAAUGAAACUAAAAAUAUGCCCACAGAAGGUGAAUGGUUGGCUUAUUUUGAAAAACUACAUUCUGAACAUAAAUUAGGUGAUGAGCAAGAAGAAAUUCUUGAAUGCUUAGAAAACUAUGAAAAAACCAAGGAUCAAUUUAAUAAACUUGAUGGAACUAUCACUGAUACAGAUUUACUAAAUGCAGCAAAAAAUAUGAAAUUAAAGAAAGCUGCUUACAGCGACAAAAUUAAAAAUGAAAUGAUCAAAUCUAGCACUGGAAUCCUCUUAAAAGGAUAUCUUAAAGUCUUCAAUGCCAUUUUAAUAUCCGGACACUUUCCAGAAUCGUGGUGUGAAGGCAUUAUAACUCCAAUAUUUAAAUCAGGAAACUCUUUAGAUCCCAGCAAUUACAGAGGAAUCUGCGUAUCUAGCUGUAUGGGCAAAUUAUUCUGCUCAAUUCUGAAUACUAGAUUAGCAUGUUAUACUAAAGAAAAGAAAUCAAUACACCCUACGCAAAUAGGAUUUAUUUCUGGAAACAGAACAGCAGACCACAUUCUCACACUAAAAACAUUACAUGAUAAAUAUGUAAAACAAAGUGAGAAUGGAAAGAUAUAUGCAUGUUUUGUUGAUUUUAAAAAAGCGUUUGACUCAAUCUGGCAUAAAGGCUUAUAUUUAAAACUACUUGAAAACGAAAUAGGAGGACGCUUUUACGAACUAAUUAAAAACAUGUACUCGAAAACAAAAUGUGCCAUCAAACUAUCAGACUAUAGAACAUCAUUUUUCCAAUAUAAGAAAGGCGUACGUCAAGGUUGUAUAUUAAGCCCAUUAUUAUUUAAUAUUUAUAUUAAUGAAUUACCACAACUUUUCGAAAAAACACAAUCAGAUCCUUUAGUAUUCCCAAAUGGAACCGCAAUAAAUAGCCUUUUAUAUGCUGAUGAUCUUAUCAUCCUAUCACGAUCUAAAUCAGGACUUCAAAACUGCUUGAAUAAACUUCAUAAUUGGUGCAAAAAAUGGCUAAUGGAAGUAAAUAUGAAAAAAACAAAAAUCAUGAUCUUCCAAAAACAUAACUCUAAAAUUCCAAAACUGAAUUUUUCUAUUGGUAACAAUACUGUUGAAAUUACUAAAGAAUAUACUUAUCUUGGCCUUAAAUUAGAACCAAAUGGCAAAUUUAAACUCACACAAAAGCAACUUAGUGAAAAGGCAUUACACGCUUUACACAAAAUUCGCAGACAACUUGACAUUAGUUCACUAUCACCCAAGACAGCUAUCAAAAUUUUUAAUGGAGUUAUCUCGCCCAUUCUAUUAUAUAACUCUGAAGUUUGGGGAGCAUACCAAAAAAAUGACUACAAUAAGUGGGACAAUUCACAAACAGAAAAAGCCCACCUAAGGUUCUGCAAGCUAUAUCUGGGAGUAAACAGAAAGGCUACCAAUACAGCUUGCAGAGCAGAACUAGGAAAAUUUCCGCUUUUAAUCACAAUACAAAAAAACAUAAUCAACUACCUAAAACACAUCCUCGAACUACCUGAUACAACAAUUGUAAAACAGGCCUUAUUUGUUUCGAGAGACCUGUACAAAAAUGGAAAAGAAUCAUUUUACUCAAACGCUAUGAACAUGUUAAAACCUUACUAUUCUCAAGAUGAUGAAACAACUAAUAUUGAAAUUGCCCUAAGAAAUAUCGAUACAAAAACCAUAGUUAAUAGAAUAAAAGAAAAAUAUGUUGAAUUUUGGAAACACAAAAUAACGAAAUCUCCAAAACUGUCCUUCUUUUGUCAAUUCAAAAAAGAUUAUAAACUAGAAGACUAUCUACAUCUUAUAAAAAACCCAAUACAAAGAAAAAAUUUCUCAAAAUUUAGAAUCAGUAAUCACAAACUCGAAAUUGAAUACGGGCGAUACAAAAACAUUCCACGCGAACAACGUCUAUGUAAACUUUGUAACUCCGGCGAAGUAGAAGAUGAAUUUCAUGUUGCUUUUGCAUGCAAAACAUAUGAAACUUUAAGAAACAAUACAAAUGACAUAUUAAAAGAUUUUUUCCAAUUGAGUACAACAUCUCAGACUAAACAAAAACUACUAGAACAUCUAAUGUCCUCAAAUGACAUUGUUCUCAUUAACCUAUUCUCUAAAUUUAUCUCUCUCUGCUUAACAGAGCGAGAAAAUAGCCUCAAACCCAUGGAAAAUACGUAA